AAACCAGAAACUUUUCUAGCCUUUUGCUCUACUCCUUCAAGUCUGCUUCCAAAUUCGAAAGUGGGAAAUUAAGAACGCAAACAUGGCUUCUCUUUUCCGUCUCGUCUUUGCCGUUUUCGUGAUGAUACUAUUAUCCGCGAUAGACAACCCGGUUGGAGCUUCGAAGGAAAUCAAGGUCGGUGGCACCGAGGGUUGGCGACAGCCCGGCUUUAACGACUCUGCCAUGUACAACCAGUGGGCUGCAAGGCACAGAUUCCAUGUUGGAGAUUCACUGCGUUUCCAGUACAAGAACGAUUCAGUUCUUGUGGUGGACAAAUACGGUUACUUCCACUGCAACACGACCAACCCAAUCUCCACAUUCAAAGAUGGCAGCACCCUUGUCACUAUCGAAAGGCCCGGACCCGCGUACUUCAUCAGCGGAAACCCCGAUCGCUGCAAGAACGGCCAGCGACUGGCGAUCGAGGUGAUGGGCCUGCACCCGAUCGCUCGAUCCCCUCCCUCGAUUGCCUAUCCACCACAAUCAUACAUGGCGGUUUCUCCAUCUCCGGUUUCGAGUUCGGGGGAAUCAGUUCACAUGGCAGCAUUGGCAGUGGUUUCGGUCUCAAUGGCUCUUGUUACCAGUUUCGUAACUUGUUUGGUGUUCGCACCAUAUCAUUUUCGUAUUUGUUAGUUAUUAGUCCACAAAACGUACGUUUGUUUCCAGAUAAAGCCCAGUGUAUCGCGCAGGGCUCGUCUAGAAUGAACCUAGUGUUUUGUUCAUUUUUUUCUGUGGGAUUUUGAGUUCGUAGCAUUUAUCUUUGAGAUGCUUGGUAGCAUCUCCCAUUCCGGUUAUGGGAUGGUAUUCUUUGAAGUUUGUUUUGUGUUUGAUUCCGGAUAUUCUGGAAUAAUUUGAUUUAUAGCAUUUGGAUUUGAGAAACUACUUAUGAUUCUCUAUUGAACAAUCUGCAUGGCACUUUUAU